AUGGCAACAAUCACAGUGAAUGUAAGCUAUUUAACCAAACCAAAGAAAGUCUCGAUAUCGAAAAUUUCCCCCGUAUCGCAAUUGGUAUCACAGUGUUUGCAAUUAUACGAUAUCGACACGGAUUACACUGGAGAGCUAUAUCAUAAUGACAAGAAACUAGACACAGGGUUGCCAAUUAGACUCACCAACUUGAUCAACAACUCCAAGCUUGUGCUCAAGGUGAAGAAAGCUGACUUGAAUAAGGAGAUCAAUGUCAAGUUAAUCACAGAACGGGGCCAGUCCGUGGGCAAGUUCAAAGCUACGGUGCUUUUGCUUCAAGUGUUGGAUCAUUUCAAAAUUGAUCCGUCCAAGCCGACUCAAUUGCGGGUUUUGAAUAUGACUGUUGACUUUACCCAUUAUGCCACGACUACUUUGGGUACAGUUGUCGGCAACGCUGACAGUGUUGCAAUGCGAUUGGAAAACCUCAAGCUGAGCCAGGAAAAGGAGUUGAUUAACAAGAGGCAACAAGAAGCAGUUAGGUUGCAAAUGCAACAGGACAAAUUGAGACGAGAGCAAGAAGAAAAACGCAACCAAGAAAAAGAAGAGGAAGCACAAGCGCAAGCGAAGAAGAAGAAGAAGGAGCAGGAGCAGGAUGACGCACGAAAAGAGGAUGAAGUAGAGCAGAAGGAGCAAGAACCUGUAGAGUCCAUUGAAGAUGAAAACAUGGAUCUGGCAUCAACCAAAGACGAUGUUGAAAUGGGGGUGGAAACGACCGAGGCAGAGACUGGGACAUCCACCACCGAAGAAACACCCGGGUCAGAAGCAGAAUCGUCUUAUGUUUACAAGGAGGAAGAAUUUGAGACAACUCCUCAGUUGUACGUGCCAUCGAACGAACCGCAACGAGCUUACGAAAACCCCGAUGAAGACUACCACACCACGGUGCAUCAGCUCAAAACGUAUCAAAGUACAAUUCGGAGCUCCGGCCAACGACCAAAAAAAACCGCGAGCAGCAAGGUCCCCAGUAAAUAUCUCAUCAGGAUCAAGUUCCCUGACGGGUCCAUUCUCCAAAUCAAUUUUCUUGAAAACAUUGCCGAGAUCAAGUUUGGUCAGUUGAUCAAGAAAAUCGACGAAUUGCUCUUGCCUCGGUUUAUUGGCAAUUACAAUUUGAAAAUCGGAUAUCCGCCAUUCACAAAACUACAACAAUCAUUUGCACUAAAUAACGAAUUGCUAUAUAAGCUACCUGAUUUCAAAGCAGAACAAGUGCUGUUAAUAUGGGAAUUGAGCAAUUAUGAUGCAACUUCUUCUUCUUCUUUCCAAAAGGGUCCCUUUUUGAAUAAUGGCAGUACGGACUUGAUAAUCAAACCAAGUGAUGAAUUACCGGAAAGGAAAUUGGAGAGACACAGGGGCCAGUUGCCUGGUGAUGAACUGGUCAAAUCUAAAAAGAGUUUGCUACUGUCUACCAACCUGACUUCAAAAGACGAGGGCAAGAAGAGCAGCUUAAUGUCAAAGAUUCCUAAAUGGAUGAGGAUUAAUAAAUAG